CGCGCUCAGCGCGUGCGUACGCGGCGGCGGUUGGCUGCGCGCGGACUGUGUGAAGUGAAGCGAGGCGGCUCCGGACCCACGGACCGACAGCCUGAGCGGCCCCUACGGCCGUCGGCGGCCAGGCGGCCCGAGAUGUUGUCUGGGAAGAAGGCGGCCGCGGCGGCGGCGGCGGCGGCGGCAGCGGCGGCGGCGGCGGCGGCGGCCGGGUCGGAGGCCGGUGCCGGGGCAGCGGGCGGUGCGGAGAACGGCUCUGAGGUGGCCGCGCCGCCUGCGGGCCUGUCUGGCCCUGCCGAAGCCGGGCCGGGGGCGGCCGGGGAGCGCACUCCCCGUAAGAAGGAACCCCCGCGAGCCUCGCCCCCCGGGGGCUUGGCCGAGCCGCCCGGGUCCGCUGGGCCUCAAGCCGGGCCUACCGUCGUGCCUGGGUCUGCGACCCCCAUGGAAACGGGAAUCGCAGAGACUCCGGAGGGGCGACGGACCAGCCGGCGCAAGCGGGCGAAGGUAGAGUACAGAGAGAUGGAUGAAAGUUUGGCCAACCUCUCAGAAGAUGAGUAUUAUUCAGAAGAAGAGAGAAAUGCUAAAGCAGAGAAAGAAAAGAAGCUUCCCCCACCACCCCCUCAAGCCCCUCCUGAGGAAGAAAAUGAAAGCGAGCCAGAGGAACCAUCUGGGCAAGCAGGAGGACUUCAAGACGACAGUUCUGGAGGGUAUGGAGACGGCCAAGCAUCAGGUGUGGAGGGUGCAGCUUUCCAGAGUAGACUUCCUCAUGACCGGAUGACUUCUCAAGAAGCAGCAUGUUUUCCAGAUAUCAUCAGUGGACCACAGCAGACCCAGAAGGUUUUUCUGUUCAUUAGAAACCGCACAUUGCAGUUGUGGUUGGAUAAUCCAAAGAUUCAGCUGACAUUUGAGGCUACCCUGCAACAGUUAGAAGCGCCUUACAACAGUGAUACUGUGCUUGUCCACCGAGUUCACAGUUACCUAGAGCGUCAUGGUCUUAUCAACUUUGGCAUCUAUAAGAGGAUAAAGCCCCUCCCAACUAAGAAGACAGGAAAGGUAAUCAUUAUAGGCUCUGGGGUCUCAGGCUUGGCAGCAGCUCGUCAGUUACAAAGUUUCGGAAUGGAUGUCACACUUCUGGAAGCCAGGGAUCGUGUGGGUGGACGAGUUGCUACAUUUCGCAAAGGAAACUAUGUAGCUGAUCUUGGAGCCAUGGUAGUAACAGGUCUUGGAGGGAAUCCCAUGGCUGUGGUUAGCAAACAAGUAAAUAUGGAACUGGCCAAGAUCAAGCAAAAAUGCCCACUUUAUGAAGCUAAUGGACAAGCUGUUCCUAAAGAGAAAGAUGAAAUGGUAGAGCAAGAGUUUAACCGGUUGCUAGAAGCUACAUCUUACCUUAGUCAUCAACUAGACUUCAAUGUCCUCAAUAAUAAGCCUGUGUCCCUUGGCCAGGCCUUGGAAGUUGUCAUUCAGUUACAAGAAAAGCAUGUCAAAGAUGAGCAGAUUGAACAUUGGAAGAAGAUAGUGAAAACUCAGGAAGAAUUGAAAGAACUUCUUAAUAAGAUGGUAAAUUUAAAAGAGAAAAUUAAAGAACUCCAUCAGCAAUACAAAGAAGCAUCUGAAGUCAAGCCACCCAGAGAUAUCACUGCUGAGUUCUUAGUGAAGAGCAAACACAGGGAUCUAACUGCCCUAUGCAAGGAAUAUGAUGAAUUAGCUGAAACACAAGGAAAACUAGAAGAAAAACUUCAGGAAUUGGAAGCCAAUCCCCCAAGUGAUGUAUAUCUCUCAUCAAGGGACAGACAAAUACUUGAUUGGCAUUUUGCAAAUCUUGAAUUUGCUAAUGCCACACCUCUCUCUACACUCUCCCUUAAACAUUGGGAUCAGGAUGAUGACUUUGAGUUUACUGGCAGCCACCUAACAGUGAGGAAUGGCUACUCAUGUGUGCCUGUGGCUUUAGCAGAAGGCCUGGACAUUAAGCUGAAUACGGCAGUUCGGCAGGUUCGCUACACAGCUUCAGGAUGUGAAGUGAUAGCUGUGAACACCCGCUCCACAAGCCAGACUUUUAUUUAUAAAUGUGAUGCCGUUCUCUGUACCCUUCCCUUGGGUGUGUUGAAGCAGCAGCCACCAGCUGUUCAGUUUGUGCCACCUCUUCCUGAGUGGAAAACAUCUGCGGUCCAAAGGAUGGGAUUUGGCAACCUUAACAAGGUUGUGUUGUGUUUUGACCGGGUAUUCUGGGAUCCAAGUGUCAAUUUGUUCGGGCAUGUUGGCAGUACAACUGCCAGCAGGGGUGAGCUCUUCCUCUUCUGGAACCUCUAUAAAGCUCCAAUACUGUUGGCACUAGUGGCAGGAGAAGCUGCUGGCAUCAUGGAAAACAUAAGUGAUGAUGUGAUUGUUGGCCGAUGCCUGGCCAUUCUCAAAGGGAUUUUUGGUAGCAGUGCAGUGCCCCAGCCCAAGGAAACUGUGGUGUCUCGCUGGCGCGCGGAUCCCUGGGCCCGGGGCUCCUAUUCCUAUGUAGCCGCAGGAUCAUCUGGAAAUGACUAUGACCUGAUGGCUCAGCCAAUCACUCCCGGCCCCUCAAUUCCAGGUGCCCCACAGCCUAUUCCACGACUCUUCUUUGCUGGAGAACAUACGAUCCGUAACUAUCCAGCCACGGUCCAUGGUGCUCUGCUGAGUGGGCUGCGAGAAGCAGGAAGGAUUGCAGACCAGUUCUUGGGGGCCAUGUAUACCCUGCCUCGCCAGGCCACACCAGGCGUCCCUGCACAGCAGUCCCCGAGCAUACUAUCACCAAAAGAACUAUUUGUGGAUGUACUUCAGAAUACAGAAACUGAUCACGUAAAGAAGGCAUGAAAUGCAAGAAGGAAAAGAAAUUAACCCAAGCAAGCACUGAUGCAGUUAAUAAAAAUCAGUUAGGGACUGGGGAGAAGGAGCAGGAUAAAACCAAAGUGGAACUAAAACACUAAACAGUAAUAACAUGUAAGACAUAAUGAGAGAAAUCAGAAUUCAAGUGAUCUUAAAAUUUUAAAUUCUUUGGGAAGAGAAUAACUAACUUGAGACCUUGUUAAGAAUAGAUUAUUAAUCAUAUAUCUGAUUAGGCAUUAAUAAGCAGAAUAUUUAAAGAACUCCUACAAAACUUAACAAUGAAAAAGAACCUGAUUUUAAAAUGGGCAAAGGGGGCUUCCCUGGUAGUGCGGUGGUUAAGAAUCUGCCUGCCAAAGCAGGGGACAAGGGUUCGAGCCCUGGUCCGGGAAGAUCCCACAUGCCACAGAUCAACUAAGCUGUGCAGCACAACUACUGAACCUGCACUCUAGAGCCCGUGAGCCACAAUUGAGCCCACAUGCUGCAACUACUAAAGCCUGCACACCUGGAGCCUGUGCUCCACAACAAGAGAAGCUACUGCGAGAAGCCCAAGCAUGAAGACCUGACCCAACCCAGCCAAUAAAUAAAUAAAUAAAAUUUAUUUUAAAAAAUAACAUAAAAUAAAAAUGGGCAAAGGACUUGAACAGACAUUGCUCCAAAGAUGAUAUCCAAGGACGACCACUAUCAAAAAGUGUAUGCAGAUGUAGAGAACAAACAUAUGGACACCAAGUGGGGAAGGUGGG